ACUCAAAUUUUUUUUUUUCAGGAAAUGUGCUCUCGCGCAGGAGGAGUCGAGGCAGCGCGAGCUCUACAGCGCGAGCUAUUUAUUCAUUCUAAAACUGAUUAAAUACAAAUAAAUAUACACAUAAAUACAAAUAAAGACGGGGUCUAAUUUACAUAUAAACCGAGACCUCUGUGCGACGUUUGUUUAUUAUUUAUUGUCUAAAACAAGUGGAACUAGACAUUUAACAACCGAUGCUAACCGGAACCAGUACAACAUUAGCCGCCUGCUAAAGCUAAGCUAAGCUAAACGCUAAGCUAAAUGCUAACGAGACAUUUACAUCCUGACCGGUCAACGGAUUGAAGUUUUGCUUUUUAUUCUUUAACUUUCCACAACGUUGAGUUAUUUUUUUUCUGUCACAAAUUCUAACUGAAAGGGGAAAAAAGGCGACACCGCAAACGGAGCUGUGGAGGGGGAAAAGCGGAUAGCAUCUUCACCGGGUGGACGUCGCGCAUCCUGCCGGCCUGCGGAGAGGAGCGAUGGCCGAGGUCUCAGCCCUCACCCCUUCUCCUCCGGCUGUGGCGGAUCAGUCAGUAGCUCCUCCUUCCUCUUCCUCUGCUCCCUCCCUCCCUGCAGAUUCACCUAAACCCAUAGCUGUUCCAAAAUCUGCUUUGUACGGGGACAGAGCUGUCAUGGCUGCUGCCGCAUUAGUACCACCACGUAAGGAGACGUCUGUCCAUUUAUCGAACUCGGGAGAGGCGAUUUCAGCACUAAGUGAAAAUCCUCCUCCUGCUCCAUCUGCUUCAGAAAGCACUUGUCCUCCAGACCGAGGUAAAGAGAGCUUUCCCACAACACCUGAACCUUUAAUGCAGCCAAACAUCUCACCAGAAUCACAAGGAAGAGCAGCAGAUCCUGAAGCGCAGCCUUUUCCAGAGCAAAAUCCCACAACGCAACUCAAUCUGACCUCAAACUCCACGUCCUCGUCACACACGCCGCCUCACUCUCCUCCGGCUAUUGCCCCCAUCAUCCAAGAUCCGUUAUCGGACCUGAAAUCCGAUCUACCUUCUUUCAUGGUUCACGAUUCGUUUGUGCCAUAUACGGUGCCACCCCCUGGUCAAUCAGGCCCCGCCCUAGACACGCUGAGCUAUCUGGAGUCGGCGAGCAUGAUGUCGGGGACGCUGGAGUCUCUGUCGGGCAUCGGUGAGGACGGAAGCUCACUCGGGUCCGAUUCUGAGCUCAACGGUCCGGUUCAGAGACGCACUGAUAAAUACGGCUUCCUCGGAGGAUCGCAGUACAGCGAGGGCAAUGUGCUGGAUAUCAGCGUGGAUGUGGCACGGCACCGAGAGAUGAAGUGGUUGGACAUGUUCAAAAACUGGGACAAGUGGGUCUCUCGCCGCUUCCCCAAGGUGAAGCUUCGCUGUAGGAAGGGAAUCCCGUCAUCUUUGAGAGCUCGAGCCUGGCAGCUUCUCUCCAACAGUGAGGAGCUUCUGAUGGAAAAUGUUGGCAAGUUUGAGGAACUGGAGAGAGAGCCGGGAGAUCCGAAGUGGCUGGAUAUCAUCGAGAAGGACUUACACAGGCAGUUUCCAUUCCACGAGAUGUUUGCUGCUCGAGGAGGCCACGGUCAGCAGGAUCUGUACCGUAUACUAAAGGCCUAUACCAUCUAUCGCCCAGAGGAAGGCUACUGUCAGGCUCAGGCUCCUGUGGCCGCGGUCCUGCUCAUGCACAUGCCUGCAGAGCAAGCCUUUUGGUGUCUGGUGCAGAUUUGUGAGAAAUACCUGCCCGGGUACUACAGCGCUGGCCUGGAAGCUAUCCAGCUUGACGGGGAGAUUUUCUUCUCUCUCCUGAGGCGUGUGUGCCCCAUGGCUUACCGCCAUCUGAAGAAGUAUAAAAUCGACCCUAUCCUCUACAUGACCGAGUGGUUCAUGUGUAUCUUUUCUCGCACGCUCCCGUGGUCCUGCGUCCUCCGCGUCUGGGACAUGUUCUUCUGUGAAGGGGUGAAGAUCGUCUUCCGUGUUGGUCUGGUCUUACUGAAACAGAUGCUGGGUUCUGUGGAUAAACUGCGGGAGCUGCAGGGAAUGUACGAGACCAUGGAGCGCCUGAGGAACAUCUCACCAGAGAGCAUUCGGGAGGAAAUACUGGUUCAAGAGGUCACAGUUGUCCCUGUCACAGAGGCUUUGAUCGAGAGGGAGUGCACCAUCCAGGUGAAGAAGUGGCGCGAGUCUCGCGGUGCUCUUACGCACCAGCCGAGCCGGAGGCUUCAUGGCACACGAGACAUCCACGAGCAAAAGCGUCGUGCCGCCGCCAUCAGCUCCGGGGGGAGUCUGUCCUUCCUGGGCAGCUCUAUGUCUGCUCCUCCACCCGGCCCCCUGCGCUCCUCUUCCAGCCUCCUCUCUCUUCCUGGUUUCCGGAAAUCCAAAAAUCCGUUCUUUCACGGCAAAAAAAGCUCUUUUUCCGGGCCUUUUGACCCGGAAACGCAUGUGUUUGGAGGCGGGACUCCAAUAAUGAUAACGUCCUCAUCUGUGCCGCUACGCCCGCCCGUUUCUGCAGUGGUCCCACCCACUGGAGGUGCAGGAGGGAACAGGCCUAGUCCCUUAGCAACAAAACCCCCAACGUCACCAAAAUCUCCAGUGGCAAUCGUUGGCCCGGGACCGAUAUCUGCACCAAAAUCUGGAUCAGAACAAACAGCAGCGCCGAAACCUGAACCUCAAACAUCGUCUGUGCCAAACUCUGAACCGGAAACAGCGUCAGCGCCGAAAUCUGAACCAGAAACAGCGUCGGCGCCGAAAUCUGUACCAGAAACAGCGUCAGCGCCGAAAUCUGUACCAGAAACAGCGUCAGUGCCGAAAUCUGUACCAGAAACAGCGUCAGUGCCGAAAUCUGUACCAGAAACAGCGUCAGUGCCGAAAUCUGUACCAGAAACAGCGUCAGCGCCGAAAUCUGAACCAGAAUCUGAAUCGACGUCCGCACUAAAUCCGGGACCAGCACAUGCACCGGAGUCAGAGUCUGGACCAGAAAACGUAUCACGACCCGACUCAGAACCAGCACCAAAGUCCAGCAAGGAAUCUGCACAUCGUCCAAUACCAAACCAACUCCAGCCCCCCAGAGUCGUCUCGGAGCAAGUUACACAAACGAUCCCGUCUCCCACGGCCAACAACAUGCCUCUGCCUCCCUGUGAGGACGAGGGCAAGAAGAAGAAGAAGAACAAGGAUGAGAAGAAGAAAGAGAAGGAGGAGGAGAAGCAGAAGGCACGAGAGAAGAAGGAUCGUGAGAAGUCAGAGAAGGAGAAAGCAAAGAAGGAAAAGGAGAGGGCCGAGAAAGAGAAGAAGAAGGAGAAAGGGGGGAAAAAGAAGGACAAAUCCGCAAGCGCUGAGGCCGAGGAGAAGAACGGAGCCACAGCGGGGAAAAAAAUGGUCUAGUUUUCCGAACAAAAGAGACGAAUCGAGCACAAAAGGGGGGGGAGAAGGGGUUUAUUUCGUCUUUAAAGAGAACUGGAUCAGGUUUUAUGGCUCCGAAUCCUCUCAUUUACUCUCAGUCAUUUACUGUUAGAAAAGAGAGUCUGUAAAUAGAUCAAUAGCUCAUUAUUUAGUAAGUCAUAUACCAUAAAACCUUCAUCCGGUCCCUCUGAAUCAGGCAGCGACCUCGAAGAGACAUCGUCCUCGUCGUAGAUUAAUCAAGGAGCUCGUAUCUAUUACGGUCGUCUGUUAGCGUGUGCUCGUGUGUUUACAUGUUAGUGUAGUAGUGUAGUGUCGCUGUCCCGUGUUUCUGACUUGACCUGUAGGAGGCGCUCUUUCUUUCGCUCUUCAGGAAAAAAAAUGAAGAAGAUUGUCCACUAGAGGGGCUGGAAGAGCAGACUGAACUGAGACUCUGAGGUGCAUUAGAAAUGGUACUGGGGUCAGAAUAUUGUGACUUUCUGCCCCACACUUAAUAGUCCUUAUGGCAUUUUAACUUCAUUUCUAUUUCUCCUCCAUCUGACCGUCUCGCUAUGCGUCUCUCUCUGCUUUGUAGAUGGGAUUGAGGCUGAGCGACAUGACGCCAUGUUUCAGCUCACGAUACACGGAUUCUUUAAUUAAAAAGACUUUAAUUGCACGUCUACACAAAAUAACUAUAGUGGAGGUCGACCUGAUGUCUUGUGCGUUCCUCCCGGGUUCCUCCCGGGUUCCUCCGGCCUCCCAAACAUGUGCUGAUACACAAGACCGCCCCAGAGCCUCGCGCGUACUCCCACUUCACGUCCAGAGGUUGUCUGACCUUUCAUGACCAGGAUAAAAAUCAGUAAUUCUAAACGUUAUUAGGAAACAAUUUGCUUUCAGGGUAAUUAUUUUUUAUAAAUAAAUAAACAAACAAACAAACAAAUAACUAAAUAAAUAAAUAAAAAUAGUAUUGAUAUGUAUCGUGAAGUCGUCACGUCGCUCAGCCUUAGUCUGUUACACUCCAAGACUUUCACGUGCUUUUUUUUUUUUUUUUUUAAAUCUGUUGCUAUUUUUUUUUAGUAGUAUUUCUACCACUCCUGUGUUUCUUUCCUCUUUCUUUCUCUCUCAAGCUUUCUCCUUCUCUCUUCACUCCGUGUGUCUCAGUCUGUCCUGCUCUAAUUGCCCCCGAUCCUAUUUUUUCCCCCUCCGUCGAAGCCCGUAGCCUGUCGUCUCCGUGUUCCCCGACAGACAGCGGAGUAGAAGCGAACGAGCCGAGAUAACGGUACGACACGACUGCAAUAUCUUAACCUAUAAUGUCUGAACCUGCUCGGAUUGUGACCUCAGACUCCUAUUUAUUUGCUUGUCUAUGAAGGAAUUAGUCUGUUUGCACUGAACCCUCUUUAUUAUUAUUAUUAUUAUUAUUAUUAUUUGUUUUUUUUCUGAAAGCACCACUAAUAUUUGACCCGUGUUGUUCUUUCCGAUGUUAAUGACUAAUGAUGUUCAGUAGCUUUAACAUCCCAAGCUCGUCACCUUUCGGGCUCGAUUUGCGUUGAUGUACAGUUUGUUAAUUUAACCAGAUGAACAAUUAUAUUAUGUAUUAUUUCUGUUCUUUACCGUAUUUUAGAUUGUAUUAUCGUUAUAAUUUCUAUGCAAGAAUCCAGAGGCCUGCGUGACUGGAAGUGUGAGAGGAAACCGAGGACGUGUUUUAAAGUCGUCGUCAUUCGGUUGUUUUUUGUUUGGUUGGUUAUUGUGUAUUGUUUUUUGAUGUAUGUAACUUUUCUGAAGUCCCAAACGUUACAGUAUUUAGUGUCUGAAAAAGGCUGGUUUACUUUCUCACACUUAAAAAAUUCACCCACUUACAAAACUUUGACUUUCAGACGGAAUAUUGGCUACAAGGCUGAUGUAGUUAACCAGUGACGGAUCUCCCAAAAUCCUCCCUGAAUCUUAUGGGUCAAAUAAAACAGUGUGUUUGUAAAGUAGGAAGAUGAGCCCAAGUUCAGAAUAAACUCUAACAUCAUCAAAAA